UGUGAUGCAGCAAUAUUGUAAAUAAAUAAAAUAAAUAAAUAAUGGUGUUUGAUUUAUUCUUUGUUUCACAAAGUUAUUGAGACAUGAAAUAAUGAUGGUGGCAUUGUCGACGACUAGUUGCAGUCCUAAUUCGUGGUUGAAUUCCAUAUCCUGUCGCUGUAACAACGAUAAAGCUCCAUUCUGGCAGUCUGGCCCUCGAUUUGGUCGUCAUCAAUCACGAAUACGUUUUUCAAGUUGCUGGCGUUGGGCUCGACCGUCUCUUCCUCCCGGACACGGACGCUCCUCUGCUGAAAAGUGCGACGAUAGUGAUAGUGGUAUCCAGAUGAAUGCACAAGGCAACACGGCAAUAAUCUCCGCUUGCUUUGUUGGCCUCUUCACCGGUAUCAGUGUCGUGCUUUUCAACGCCGCGGUUCAUGAAAUACGCGAUUUAUGUUGGGAUGGGAUUCCGUCUCGAGGUGCCUCGUGGUUAAGGGAGGAGCCUAUUGGAGUAAUUUGGCAACGUGUAAUCUUAGUACCAGCUUCUGGGGGUUUGCUAGUCAGUUUUUUGAACACUUUCCGAGCCACACUGGACGUCUCAACGCAAGGAAAUUGGACAUCAUCUGUUAAAUCUGUCUUGAGACCAGUUUUGAAGACAAUUGCUGCUUGUAUCACUUUAGGAACUGGAAAUUCCUUAGGACCAGAAGGCCCAAGUGUUGAAAUUGGUACUUCAGUUGCCAAGGGAAUUGGAGCUUUACUCGAUAAAGGUGCUCAUAGAAAGCUAUCUCUCAAGGCUGCUGGAUCAGCUGCUGGAAUAUCAUCUGGAUUUAAUGCUGCUGUUGCGGGUUGUUUCUUUGCUGUGGAAUCUGUGUUAUGGCCAUCACCUGCAGAGUCUUUGUCCUUGACAAAUACAACUUCAAUGGUUAUUUUGAGUGCUGUUAUAGCUUCUGUUGUCUCAGAAAUUGGUCUUGGCUCAGAACCUGCAUUUGCAGUCCCGGCAUAUGAUUUUCGUACACCUACGGAAUUGCCGCUUUAUCUUCUGCUGGGUAUCUUUUGCGGGUUAGUUUCAGUGGCACUAUCAAGCUGUACAUCAUUUAUGCUGCAAAUAGUGGAAGAUAUCCAAACAGCCAUCGGCGCGCCAAAAUCAGCUUUCCCUGUGCUGGGUGGUCUUCUGGUUGGGCUGGUAGCUUUAGCAUAUCCUGAAGUCCUUUACUGGGGUUUUGAGAAUGUUGAUAUUUUGCUAGAAUCUCGGCCGCUAGUGAAAGGCCUCUCUGCUGAUCUGUUGCUCCAGCUUGUAGCUGUCAAAAUAGUAACAACCUCAUUAUGCCGAGCCUCUGGAUUGGUUGGAGGCUACUAUGCUCCAUCUCUAUUUAUUGGUGCUGCUACUGGAACUGCAUAUGGGAAAAUUGUUAGCUACAUUAUCUCUCAUGCUGAUCCAAUCUUUCAUCUCUCCAUCUUGGAAGUUGCAUCCCCACAAGCAUAUGGUCUGGUUGGCAUGGCUGCUACUCUUGCUGGUGUCUGUCAGGUGCCUCUCACUGCGGUUCUGCUUCUCUUUGAACUGACACAGGAUUAUCGAAUAGUUCUGCCCCUCUUGGGAGCUGUGGGGAUGUCAUCAUGGGUUACAUCUGGACAAACAAGCAAAGGGGUGGUACAGGAUAGGAAGAAAUUAAAAGGUUCAAGAGCCCAGAUGACGCAGUGGCAAGGAACUUCUUCCUCCAACAUUGAACUUCCUAGCUUAACUUAUUCUUCAGGUGUGGAACCUUCACAAAAAGAGAGUAACCUCUGCAAACUUGAGAGUUCACUCUGUCUUUAUGAAUCUGAUGAUGAAGAAAAUGAUUUCGCUAGGAAAGUUCUAGUUGCACAGGCAAUGAGAACGCGAUAUGUGACAGUCCUAAUGAGCACCUUGCUAAUGGAAACCAUAUCUCUCAUGCUAGCUGAGAAGCAAUCUUGUGCUAUAAUAGUUGAUGAAAAUAAUUUUCUCAUUGGUUUGCUGACACUUAGUGAUAUCCAGAAUUACAGCAAAUGGCCAAGAGCGGAAGGAAAAUGCCAGGAGGAACUUGUAGUAGCUGAUGUGUGCUCUUCAAAUGGCAAUAAGUGCCGGGUACCAUGCACAGUGACUCCAAAUACAGAUCUCCUUUCUGCUCUAACUAUUAUGGAGAAACAUGGUUUGAGUCAGCUACCUGUUAUACUAAGGCACGUGGAGGAUGAAGGCAUACAUCCUGUGGGCAUUUUGGACAGAGAGUGCAUCAAUGUAGCUUGCAGGCAAAGCAGACGAAAGCCUUGAUUAGAACUUAAUUAUCAGCAAACCUUAGUGGCUCUUGAAAUAGAACAUGAAGCCUUAAGCAAAUAUCAUUGACAAUGAGAUGUUGACUUUUUAGGCAGUGGUAUUUUGUUCGGCUUUUCAAGGACUAAGAAGAACUUAAUAUGAUUAAUUUUCUCCAUUCCAUCCUCUCUCUCUUGUAUCAUGAUAUCAGAGCCAAUAAGAGUUUGAGCAUUAGCAACUCGAGAACAGCUUAGCUGGUUCUCCACGAAGUAAAGGCUAAUUGAAGGUUGCAUAACCCGUUUGCAAUAAGUUCUUCCUUGUCAAAGCAUGCUGAGGGUUAUUGUCUCUGAGUAAUCCAUCCUCGCUCUGUCUUACAACAGGGUUGAACAAUUCAAUGGUAAAUAAUGAGAAUGAUGUUAGCACAGGCAGAGGAGACCGUACAACCAGGUAGCAGGAUUUACUGCUGAAGCUGAAGGUUUGUUCUAGCUGCUUCUUAAAUUAGGCACUGGAGGAGCGCACUGCGUAACUACACUGACUCGUCAUCCAAUUCCAAUCAUUCACUUCCGUGGUAUGGAACUUGAACAGGAUUGAGUUACACAUGUCAAAAUUAAGUCUACUCUGCUGUCAUUGCCUGAAUAAUAUUUCUUCAUGCUGCUUUUGUCAACUGUUAAUGACUUUUCAAACAACCCCAUUCUCCACCAUUGUUUCCCGAACUGCCCUUUCCUGAUGUUUUGUCGUUGCUGCAAUGUGCUUGUUCGUAAUUAAGUCGUCAUACUAUUUCUCUGGCCCAUGUUAUACAUGAUAUGAUUUGAGUUGGUAGAAUUUGACGAGGUAUGACAAAGUAUUUUGAUAAAAUUUUGAUAAUAAUUGAAAUACUAUUGUUUUUAAGUGCUAAA